AUGGCAGGAUGGAGACCAGGUCUCCUCAACAUCAGUUAUGGUCCUGCUGGCUCAUUUCCUCGCAUCUCCGAGGAGGAGAAUGGCCAUUCCACUGGAGAUGCUCUUGGGGCUUCCCCAGAACAUCUCACUGAUGCCCCACACCUGACACGAACCCACUGUUCUGUACUCUUCUUAGAAAUGCUUCUUGAGCUGGCACACAGCAACAGCCUCCAAGCUGAACACUAUCCCCCACCUUGCCUUCCAGAGGUGUCUCGAAAAAGUUCUCGAGGAGAAGCGAAUAAAAUAUUGCAGGAGACGACGACCAGAUUUCUGCUCUUUGAAGAAGCAGCUGAUAAAGACUGCCAGGUUCUGCUCCAUCACCCCAACACGCUUCAGGAAUGCGGGUUCAACGCCUCCCUGCCAUUGGUGAUGAUAAUCCACGGGUGGUCGGUGGAUGGCUUGCUAGAAAACUGGGUCAGUCAGCUAGUGGCUGCACUGAAGUCCGGGCUGUCGCAACAAGUGAAUGUAGGUGUGGCAAACUGGAUGUCCCUUGCCCUCAACCACUACGCCAUUGCUGCUCGUAACACCCGCUUGGUGGGCCAGGAGAUUGCAGCUUUUCUCCGGUGGCUUGAGGAAUCUGUGCAAUUUUCUCGAAGCAAUGUUCAUCUAAUUGGAUACAGCCUGGGUGCACACGUUGCUGGAUUUGCUGGCAGCUACAUCGGCGGAACACACAAAAUUGGGAGAAUUACAGGGCUCGAUGCUGCGGGCCCCUUGUUUGAAGGAAUAUCCCCCAGUGACCGUCUUUCACCAGAUGAUGCCAAAUUUGUGGACGCCAUCCACACCUUUACGAAGGAGCACAUGGGUCUAAGUGUGGGCAUCAAAGAUCCUGUGGCACAUUAUGACUUCUACCCUAACGGGGGCUCCUUCCAGCCUGGCUGCCACUUUUUAGAGCUCUACAAACACAUUGCUAAGCACGGCUUAAACGCCAUUACCAAGACCAUAAAAUGCUCACACGAGCGGUCAGUGCACCUCUUCAUUGACUCCUUGCUGCACAGCAGCAUGCCAAGCACUGCCUACCUGUGCAGCAACAUGGACAGCUUCAGCCAGGGCCUGUGCCUGAGCUGCAAGAAGGGCCAGUGCAACACCCUGGGCUACCACAUCCGCCAGGACCGGCCCAGCAAGAGCAGGACGCUCUACCUGGUAACCCGAGCCCAAGCCCCGUUCAAAGUUUAUCACUACCAGUUCAAGAUGCAGUUCAUCAACCAACUUGAGAAAAGAGUAGAGCCCACCUUUACCGUAUCUCUACUUGGAACAAAGGGGGAGAUGCAUAACAUUCCCAUCACUCUGGGCGAAGGAAUUACCAGUAAUAAAACUUACUCCUUUCUAAUCACACUGCAUUUUGACAUCGGUGAGCUGGUCAAGAUCAAGUUCAAGUGGGAAAGUAGUGCCAUAUGGGCCAACGUCUGGAACACAGUCCAAACCAUCAUUCCAUGGAGCACAGGGCCCAGAAACUCAGGUCUCCUUCUGAAGAUCAUCAAAGCCAAAGCAGGAGAAACCCAGAAAAGAAUGGCAUUUUGCUCAGAAAACAUGGAGGAUCUACAACUUCACCCAAACCAGGAGAAAAGUUUUGUGAAAUGUGAAGUGAAAUCUAAAAAACGGAAACUGAAGAUCAGAUGA